AUGGCUGCUCAACCGAUUCAGCAAGAAACUCGCUUUGACCUACCGGGUUUUACGCUGCCGUUGAAUUGGAAGCCUGGCACCUCGUCCCUUGAUAUCUUCCCAUGUGCAUUGGAUGCGGACCAGAUUGAUGGCGGCGGAUAUCUCUCAUUCCUCAGAACGAAGCGAGAGAUACUCAUGAUGAGAAUGAUGAAUUCCAUCACAGAUAAGCCUGACUGGAACAAAAAGAUUUACAAUACUGAAAUCACAGACAAGUGGACGAAAGAGAUCGUCGACAGCGGCGCAGAUGUAUCCCCAAAGAUGUUGGAAUGGAUCUGGGCCGAGCUCAAAUACAAGGCCGAAAGCCUCAAGGAGAAUGGCGGAAUGGUGACAGCAUUCAAUCCCGGCGUUGUCUGGUCCGAUGCCGCCAUCUCUAAGGAACUGCAGGAGGAUCUCAAGACGGCAGUACUUCCAUUGGAGCAGGUCCCAGAGGAAGAGAAAGAUUACCACCCGGGAUCUGACCAGCGGGUUGUUGAUCUGGUGCAUCCAUCUUUGUUCCCGGUGGUGUACGGUCGCACUCGUAUUUUGCGGGAUGAGAUUCUCACCCGUGAUGGCUUCUUGUCUUGGUCCGGAAAGACCGAGACAUUACCCAAGCCCGAGGAUCCAGAAGAAUUCGAUGAAGCUGAAGGAUGUCGCAUCGUUUCAUACAUCAAUAAUCUACAUCCACAGCAACACGAAGCCCUCUACCAGGUCAUUGAGAAGGUAAUUGCCAAAAUAAUCCCCUUAUGGGACGAAAGCCUGCACGAAGCGGUCAGUGAUCCGAAGGCUAGAAUUCCGUACGAGAGCGUCGAGUAUCUACCACCCACUGAUCCGGAGCCUGAUUGGGAGGAAGAUCCGGAGCGCUACGACGCAUGGCAGGCCAAACAGGAAAUAAUACAGCCUGAGCCGCAAGGAGAUUUCCAGUCAUUGAAACGGAAACAUUAUAAAUGGGGAGAGCAGCUUUCUCUACGCAACCUAUUCCGUGAAAAGGGGUUGCAAAUCAUUGUGAAGUUGGCAAAUAUCGAAUUGACGCCAGACAAGCCGCGGUAUGAGGGUGGAACAUGGCAUGUAGAGGGACAGUUGAAUGAGCAUAUCUGCGCAACGGCGAUUUACUACUACUCUACCGAAAACAUCACCGACAGUGUCCUCUCAUUCCGAACACGAGCGAAUGAGUAUUCGUUUGACGACGUCGGGUACGAGCAAGGCCGACAUGAGUUCCUACAACAAGUCUAUGGCUUCGGCCCUGAGACAAUUACCUGGAGCGACGGCCCUAUAACCCAAGAACUAGGAGACGUCUCAUGCCACGAGGGCCGUCUCCUCACUUUCCCCAACGUGCUACAACAUCGCGUUGCCCCCUUUGAACUUCUCGACAAAACCAAGCCGGGACAUCGCAAAAUCCUCGCUCUGUUUCUCGUUGAUCCACACAUCCGAAUUAUUUCUAGUGCGAAUGUGCCGCCUCAGAGGGCAGACUGGGUAACAGAGAGGGAUCAGUUGCGCGCAACUCUGCUAGAGAGGAAACUGCCCGUCGAAUUGCAGCAGAUGGUUUUGGGGGAUGUGGAUGAUUUACCAAUUACAAUGGAGGAGGCAAAACAGUACCGAGAGGAGCUGAUGGAGGAAAGAAGAGCGGUGAAGGAUGAGCAGAGUGACAUGUUUGCAAUUGGUAGCUUCAGCCUGUGUGAGCACUAG